CUUUUCUCACACCGCACCUUCCGCUACCCUGGUUACCGUUGGUGUUUGCGAAUUCCCUGCGGCAACUUCGUCGCGGAAGACCAGCGCCGCCGGGCUCCAGCUGCGGUUUGAUAGGCGCGCGCCUGCGUCACGUGGGCAAGGCUCCUACUCGGUCGCUGGCGGGCCGCUCAGCCGGGAGGAAAGAAGCUCGUGGCCACCGCUCACGCUCCCACUGCGCCCUAGGGCUGGCGCGCGGAUAAAAAUGGCGAAGUGGGGGUAGCUGGCGCCGAACCUGAAGCGAUGGGGCGCGCAGGUGGGGCGGUGGUCGGAGACCCCUAAUGUAGGCACCCGGCUGUUCUCCGCGGCGAUUUGAGUUGGUGACCUCAGGCCGGCGCCUAACAGGUCAGACCACGGAAUCCGCGGGUCGCGGAGCGCCCCGCCGAGAGCCGGAGGCAAUGGAUGAACAGAGCGUGGAGAGCAUUGCUGAGGUUUUCCGAUGUUUCAUUUGUAUGGAGAAAUUGCGGGAUGCACGCCUGUGUCCUCAUUGCUCCAAGCUUUGUUGUUUCAGCUGUAUCAGGCGCUGGCUGACAGAGCAGAGAGCUCAAUGUCCUCAUUGCCGUGCUCCACUCCAGCUACGAGAACUAGUAAACUGUCGUUGGGCAGAAGAAGUAACACAGCAGCUUGAUACUCUUCAACUCUGCAGUCUCACCAAACAUGAAGAAAAUGAAAAGGACAAAUGUGAAAAUCACCAUGAAAAACUUAGUGUAUUUUGCUGGACUUGUAAGAAGUGUAUCUGCCAUCAGUGUGCACUUUGGGGAGGAAUGCAUGGUGGACAUACCUUUAAACCUUUGGCGGAAAUUUAUGAGCAGCAUGUUACUAAAGUGAAUGAAGAGGUAGCCAAACUUCGUCGGCGUCUCAUGGAACUGAUCAGCUUAGUUCAAGAAGUGGAAAGAAAUGUCGAAGCUGUAAGAAAUGCAAAAGAUGAGCGUGUUCGGGAAAUUAGAAAUGCAGUGGAGAUGAUGAUUGCACGGUUAGACACACAGCUGAAGAAUAAGCUUAUAACACUGAUGGGUCAGAAGACAUCUCUGACACAAGAAACAGAACUGUUGGAAUCCUUACUUCAGGAAGUAGAGCACCAGUUGCGAUCUUGUAGUAAGAGUGAGUUGAUAUCUAAGAGCUCAGAGAUCCUCAUGAUGUUUCAGCAAGUUCAUCGAAAGCCCAUGGCGUCCUUUGUUACCACUCCUGUUCCACCAGACUUUACCAGUGAAUUGGUACCAUCUUAUGAUUCAGCUACUUUUGUUUUAGAGAAUUUCAGUACUUUGCGCCAGAGAGCAGAUCCUGUCUACAGUCCACCUCUUCAAGUUUCAGGACUUUGUUGGAGGUUAAAAGUUUACCCAGAUGGAAAUGGAGUUGUUCGUGGUUACUACUUAUCUGUGUUUCUGGAACUCUCAGCUGGCUUGCCAGAAACUUCCAAUCUUUUCAAUUUUAGAUACGAAUACCGUGUAGAGAUGGUUCAUCAGUCCUGCAAUGAUCCUACCAAAAAUAUCAUUCGAGAAUUUGCAUCUGACUUUGAAGUUGGAGAAUGUUGGGGUUAUAAUCGAUUUUUCCGUUUGGACUUACUUGCAAAUGAAGGAUACUUGAAUCGACAAAAUGAUACAGUGAUUUUAAGGUUUCAGGUUCGUUCACCAACUUUCUUUCAAAAAUGCCGGGACCAGCAUUGGUACAUUACUCAAUUGGAAGCUGCACAGACUAGCUAUAUCCAGCAAAUAAAUAACCUUAAAGAGAGACUUACUAUUGAGUUGUCUCGAACUCAGAAAUCAAGAGAUUUGUCACCACCAGAUAAUCAUCUUAGCCCCCAAAAUGAUGACACUCCUGAGACACGAGCUAAGAAGUCUGGAUCAUGUGCUGACAUGCUUCUCCAAGGUGGUCCUACUACACCUUCUGUAAGAGAGGCCAAGGAGGAUGAAGAAGAUGAGGAGAAGAUUCAGAACGAAGAUUAUCAUCAUGAGCUUUCAGAUGGAGAUCUGGAUCUGGAUCUUGUUGGUGAAGAUGAAGUAAAUCAUCUCGAUGGCAGCAGUUCUUCUGCCAGUUCCACAGCAACAAGUAACACGGAAGAAAAUGACAUUGAUGAAGAAACCAUGUCUGGAGAAAAUGAUGUGGAAUACAACAACAUGGAAUUGGAAGAGGGAGAACUCAUGGAAGAUGCAGCUGCAGCAGGACCUCCAGGUAGUAACCAUGGCUAUAUGGGUGCCAGUAGCAGAAUGUCAAGAAGAGCACAUUUAUGCUCUGCUGCUACCAGUAGUUUAUUAGACAUUGAUCCUUUAAUAUUAAUACAUUUGUUGGACCUUAAGGACCGGAGCAGUAUGGAAAAUUUGUGGGGCUUACAGCCUCGCCCGCCUGCUUCACUUUUGCAGCCCACAGCAUCAUAUUCUCGAAAAGAUAAAGACCAAAGGAAACAGCAGGCAAUGUGGCGAGUUCCCUCUGAUUUAAAGAUGCUAAAAAGACUCAAAACUCAAAUAGCUGAAGUUCGAUGUAUGAAAACUGAUGUAAAGAAUACACUUCCAGAAAUAAAAAGCAGCAAUGCUGCUUCUGGAGACAUGCCGGCAAGCCUUCUUUCUGCUGACCAGGCAGCUCUGGCUGCAUGUGGAACCGAACACUCUAGCAGAUUACAGGAUUUGGGAAUGGAGCUCUUGGCAAAGUCAUCAGUUGCCAGUUGUUACAUACGAAACUCCACAAAUAAGAAGAGUAAUUCACCCAAACCAGCUCAGUCCAGUAUAGCAGGUAGUCUGUCACUUCGAAGAGCAGUAGACUCUGGGGAAAAUAGCCGUUCAAAGGGAGACUGUCAAACUCUGUCUGAAGGCUCUCCAGGAAGCUCUCAGUCUGGGAGCAGGCACAGUUCUCCCCGAGCCUUGACACAUGGCAGUAUCGGUGACAUUCUGCCAAAAUCUGAAGACCGGCAGUGUCAAGCUUUGGAUUCAGAUGCUGUUGUGGUUGCAGUUUUCAGUGGCUUACCUACUAUUGAAAAAAGGAGAAAAACGGUCACCUUGGGGACUAGUGUUAAAGGAGGUCGUCUGGAAGGAAUGCAAAUGACUGAUUUGGAAAAUAAUUCUGAAACUGGGGAAUUACAACCUAUACUACCUGAAGGAGCUUCAGUUGCCCCAGAGGAAGGAAUGAGUAGCGACAGUGAUAUUGAAUGUGACACUGAGAACGAGGAGCAGGAAGAGCACACCAGCCUGGGCAGAUUUAGCGACGCUUUCAUGGCACAGCCCCCAGAUGAAGAUACACAUUCCAGUUUUCCUGAUGGUGAACAAAUAGGCCCUGAAGAUCUCAGCUUCAAUACUGAUGAAAACAGUGGAAGGUAAUUUUCAAAUCAAGAAAACUGACUUGCAAGCUACCUUGACCCUGAAUUUUGCUGUAGUUGGUGCUCAAAUUUAUCAACAGUCAGAUAAUCAGAUUUGGUCUUAUUUUUUUCAUCAUCUCUACUUGAAAUAGUAAUUCUGAAACUUUAGAAAGUAGCACAAUUCUAGUGUAAGACAUUAGUACACAGGAAAAAGUUGUGUGGGAAGAACUCUGUGUAAUGUAAUGAAAUAACAGUGUAGCCUCAA